AGCUCGAGAUCAACAUGGCUGCCUGCAUGAAGAUGCUAGUUGCUGGAAGACAACUGCACAGAAAAUCGAUCUUUUUUAAACCAAACUGGCCAGGAAUCUCCCAUCCGACCGUCACACCAGCUCUGAACCGGCUACAGCCCCCAAGAUUCUACAGCAGCACCGUAGGCUCACAGAAAACAUGUACCAGCCGAUUCUCCAACAUUUCAUUCAGCACAGCAAUGACAGCUGGCUGUAGGCUAUCCACCAGAUCCCAGCGAUGGAUGCGGGUCGGGGCGGUUGUCCGCGGUCAAACGGAUCUCCUCACACCAUGGUCUCGACCCCACAUGAUCCAGGAGAGGAUGUUCGGGAAUCGGGCCAGUGGGGCUGGUUUCUCCGGUGAGGACGGCAGUGACAGUGCAGGGUCGGGGGGAGAUGAGUCUGGGGGAGAUGGGGGAACUCCAUACAACGGACCUCAGAUGACGGCUCUCACCCCCAUGAUGGUCCCGGAGGUUUUUCCCAUUGUUCCGCUGAUCGCUGUGAGCAGGAAUCCGGUGUUUCCCCGUUUCAUCAAGAUCAUAGAGGUUAAAAACAAUGAGUUAAUGGAGCUGUUGAGGAGGAAGGUUCGUCUGGCUCAGCCAUAUGCUGGGGUUUUCCUCAAGAAAGAUGAUAAUAAUGAGUCAGAUGUGGUGGAGUCUCUAGAUGCUGUCUACUCUACAGGGACCUUUGUUCAGAUUCAUGAAAUGCAGGAUCUAGGAGACAAGCUGAGGAUGAUUGUCAUGGGACAUCGCAGAAUCCGGAUCACACGACAGCUUGAGGUUGAGCUUGAUGAUGAAACAACAUCCCCUGUGUUGUCAGAGUCUGAGGCAGAGUCCCAACCCAAACCUCCAGUGAGACGCAAAGCCAAACGCAUUCGUAAGGACCAAGCAGGUUCUCUGGCAGAGCAGCUGGAAGAAAAGAUUUCAGAAGCAGACUUGAGUCCAGAACUUCAGCACCUGCCCUUGUCCAACAUCCUGAUGGUUGAAGUGGACAAUGUUCAGCACGAACAGUUCACUGUCACAGAGGAGGUCAAGGCACUGACAGCAGAGAUUGUGAAGACCAUAAGAGAUAUCAUAGCGCUCAACCCUCUUUACAGAGAGUCAGUCCUACAGAUGAUGCAGGCUGGUCAGAGAGUGGUCGAUAAUCCAAUUUACCUCAGUGACAUGGGAGCAGCUCUGACAGGGGCAGAAUCACAUGAACUACAGGAUGUCUUGGAGGAGACUAAUAUCCCAAAGCGUCUCUACAAGGCUCUGUCUCUGCUAAAGAAGGAGUAUGAACUGAGCAAACUGCAGCAGAGACUUGGUCGAGAGGUGGAAGAGAAGAUCAAACAGACUCACAGGAAGUACCUGCUGCAGGAGCAGCUCAAGAUCAUUAAGAAGGAGCUGGGUUUAGAGAAAGAGGAUAAAGAAGCUAUUGAAGAGAAGUUUAGAGAAAGACUCAAAGAUAAGACUGUCCCUCAGCAUAUAAUGGAUGUCAUCAAUGAAGAACUCAACAAGCUGGGACUGCUGGACAACCAUUCUUCAGAGUUCAAUGUAACCCGUAACUACCUGGACUGGCUGACCAGCAUGCCCUGGGGCACCAACAGUGAAGAGAACUUAUUACUGGAUACUGCCAAAGAGGUUUUAGAAGAAGACCAUUAUGGAAUGGAUGAUGUUAAGAAAAGGAUAUUGGAAUUUAUAGCAGUGAGUCAGCUGCGUGGAUCCACUCAGGGGAAGAUCCUGUGUUUCUACGGUCCUCCAGGUGUAGGAAAGACCUCGAUUGCCCGCUCCAUUGCCAGAGCCCUCAACCGGCAGUACUUCAGGUUCAGCGUUGGAGGAAUGACUGAUGUCGCUGAGAUUAAAGGCCACAGGAGAACAUAUGUUGGAGCAAUGCCUGGGAAGAUAAUCCAGUGUCUGAAGAAAACCAAGACGGAGAACCCACUGGUUCUAAUAGAUGAGGUUGAUAAGAUUGGCCGUGGUUACCAGGGUGAUCCAUCUUCUGCGUUGUUGGAGCUUCUGGAUCCUGAACAGAAUGCCAACUUUCUCGAUCACUACCUUGAUGUUCCUGUAGAUCUCUCAAAGGUUUUAUUCAUCUGCACUGCUAAUGUGACUGACACCAUCCCAGAGCCUCUCAGAGACAGGAUGGAGAUGAUCAAUGUAUCUGGAUAUGUGGCCCAGGAGAAACUGGCUAUCGCUGAGCGUUAUCUGGUACCUCAGCUCCGCUCUCUAUGUGGUCUGACUGAGGAGAAGGCCUCGAUCUCAUCUGAUGCUCUCAGUCUGCUCAUCAAGCAAUACUGCAGGGAAUCUGGAGUCCGGAACCUGCAGAAACAAGUUGAAAAGGUUUUCCGUAAGGUCGCAUUCAGUAUUGUCAGCGGUGAGCAAAACAUAGUGACUGUUACACCUGAGAACCUACAGGACUUUGUGGGUAAACCUGUUUUCACAGUUGACCGUAUGUACACUGUAACCCCUCCUGGAGUGGUUAUGGGCCUGGCAUGGACUGCUCUUGGAGGGUCAACCCUGUUCAUUGAGACAUCACUGCGUCGUCCUCCUGGAGGAGCUGACUCAAAAGGAGAGGGGUCACUGGAGGUUACAGGUCAGCUGGGUGAUGUUAUGAAGGAGAGUGCAAAAAUUGCUUCAACCUAUGCAAGAGCCUUCCUUAUGGCUGAGGAACCAGAAAAUCACUUCCUGGUCAACUCCCACUUACACCUGCAUGUUCCUGAGGGGGCAACUCCCAAAGAUGGACCAAGUGCUGGAUGCACUAUUGUUACAGCCCUUUUAUCCCUGGCAACCAACCAGCCCGUGCGUCAGAAUGUAGCCAUGACUGGUGAAGUGUCACUGACAGGAAAAAUACUGCCAGUUGGAGGAAUCAAAGAGAAAACUAUUGCUGCCCGCCGUGCUGGUGUGACCUGUAUCAUCCUACCGGCUGAGAACAGGAAAGACUUCUCUGAUUUACCAGACUACAUAACCCAGGGCCUGGAGGUCCACUUCGUGGAUCACUACAGCCAGAUCUACCCAAUUGUUUUCCCAAAGAACGAGCCAUAAACUGCUUUUGCAAAUGGCACUAAAACCAAGCAAGGAUGGACCAGCACUUCUUUUCAUCUUACUCCAACACCCUGAAGUGUUUUUCUUGAUGAAGCACUGAUUGGAUCAUCUCAAGUACAGGUGGCUUGAUGAUUGAUCAUAAAAAUUUAUUUUCAUAUGUUAAGUAUUGUUUGUUUCGGUGGCCUAAGGACCUCUGAAGGUAGGAUAACAGUCAUGAUAAAGGAAAACAACAACCAUGCAGUCAACUGUGCCAUGGAUGAGCAAGCACAGUAUCCCACAUCGAUGGUAACGAACACUGGCCUGUCAUUGAAUGUGAUGUCACUAAAAAAGCAAAAGUUGGCAUUGCAACCUUGCUGCCCGGCAGCCUCUUUGCCCACAUCUCGUGUCUCUUGUAUAGGGCUGUGGAUGGACUCUUUCAUAGAUUUCUAAUAUUAUUUUAUAUUAUUGUUGGCCAGAUGUGAUGAACAUGAUGUUUAAAUAAAUUAAAUAAAAACAUUGCUGCAUGUUUUUA